GCGACCGGGCGCUGGCGGUUGCCAGGGCGACGGGAGCUUCCGAGAGCCGCUGGUGCUGGCAGUUGGCUGCUUAGAAGUUUCCCGUUGCGGGCCUUGACUGCUGGGGUUGUCCUCUCAGGGUUCCUAGGAUGUUCUUUUACCUGAGCAAGAAAAUUUCUAUUCCCAAUAACGUGAAGCUGAAAUGUAUAUCUUGGAACAAGGACCAAGGAUUCAUAGCCUGUGGUGGUGAAGAUGGAUUACUGAAAGUUUUGAAAUUGGAGACGCAGACAGAUGAUGCAAAAUUGAGGGGUCUUGCAGCUCCUAGUAACCUUUCUAUGAAUCAGACUCUGGAAGGUCAUAGUGGUUCUGUUCAAGUUGUAACAUGGAAUGAACAAUACCAGAAGUUGACUACCAGUGAUCAAAAUGGGCUUAUCAUCGUCUGGAUGUUAUGCAGAGGCUCUUGGUAUGAGGAGAUGAUCAACAAUAGAAAUAAAUCAGUGGUUCGAAGUAUGAGCUGGAAUGCCGACGGACAGAAGAUCUGCAUUGUGUACGAGGACGGGGCUGUGAUAGUUGGUUCAGUGGAUGGGAAUCGCAUUUGGGGAAAAGACCUGAAGGGUAUACAGUUAUGCCAUGUAGCAUGGUCCGCAGAUAGUAAAAUCUUACUUUUUGGAAUGGCAAAUGGAGAAAUACACAUUUACGAUAAUCAAGGAAAUUUUAUAAUGAAAAUGAAAUUGAAUUGUUUAGUGAAUGUCACCGGAGCAAUCAGCAUUGCUGGAAUUCAUUGGUACCAUGGCACAGAAGGCUACGUGGAGCCAGAUUGCCCCUGCCUUGCAAUUUGUUUUGACAAUGGGAGAUGCCAAAUAAUGAGACACGAGAAUGACCAAAAUCCUGUUUUGGUUGAUACUGGCAUGCAUGUGGUAAGUAUCCAGUGGAACCACACUGGCAGCGUGUUGGCUGUGGCAGGCUCCCAGAAGGCCAGCACUCAGGAUAAAGAUGCAAACACUGUGCAGUUUUUCACUCCCUUUGGUGAGCAUCUGGGUACUUUGAAGGUUCCUGGAAAGCAGAUGUCUGCACUAUCCUGGGAGGGAGGUGGACUGAAAAUUGCUCUAGCUGUUGAUUCUUUCAUAUAUCUGGCAAAUAUUCGACCUGAUUAUAAGUGGGGUUAUUGCUCAAAUACUGUAGUUUAUGCUUAUACCAGGCCUGAUCGUCCAGAAUACUGUGUUAUCUUUUGGGAUACAAAAAACAAUGAGAAAUAUGUUAAAUAUGUGAAGAGUCUCCUUUCUAUUACUACCUGUGGAGAUUUCUGCAUUUUGGCUACAAAGGCUGAUGAAACUCAUCCUCAGGAGGAGAACGAGAUGGAAACAUUUGGUGCAACGUUCGUGCUGGUUCUUUGUAAUUCUAUUGGCACACCGCUGGAUCCCAAAUACAUUGAUAUUGUACCAUUAUUUGUUACAAUGACCAAAACCCAUGUGAUAGCAGCGUCCAAAGAAGCAUUUUAUACCUGGCAAUAUCGUGUGGCAAAGAAGCUCACAGCACUGGAAAUUAAUCAGAUCAUGUGGUCUCGAAAAGAAGGGAGAGAAAGAAUUUAUCAUGUUGAUGAUACUCCUUCUGGAUCAGUGGAUGGUGUGCUUGAUUAUAGUAAAGCCAUUCAAGGCACAAGGGAUCCGAUUUGUGCCAUAACUGCAUCUGAUAAGACGUUGAUUGUGAGUCGUGAAUCUGGCACCAUUCAGAGAUACAGUCUUCCUAAUGUUGGUUUGAUUCAAAAAUAUUCCCUUAAUUGUCGUGCCUACCAGUUAUCCUUGAAUUGCAACUCUAGUCGACUUGCUAUCAUAGACAUCUCAGGAGUUCUAACCUUCUUUGACUUGGAUGCUCGGGUAACAGACAGCACAGGACAGCAAGUCAUCGGCGAGUUGUUAAAUUUGGAGCGAAAAGAUGUCUGGGAUAUGAAGUGGGCCAAAGAUAAUCCUGAUUUGUUUGCGAUGAUGGAGAAGACAAGAAUGUAUGUCUUCAGAAACCUGGAUCCUGAGGAACCCAUUCAGACUUCUGGAUAUAUUUGUAACUUUGAAGAUUUGGAAAUUAAAUCUGUUCUUUUGGAUGAGAUAUUAAAGAAUCCAGAACAUCCAAACAAGGAUUAUAUCAUUAACUUUGAGAUUCGGUCGUUGCGGGACAGCCGAGCGCUGAUUGAGAAGGUUGGAAUUGAAGACGCAUCUCAAUUCAUAGAGGACAAUCCACACCCCCGACUUUGGCGCCUGCUGGCUGAAGCAGCUCUUCAGAAAUUGGAUUUGCCCACCGCAGAGCAAGCAUUCGUGCGCUGCAAAGAUUACCAAGGCAUUAAAUUUGUGAAGUGCCUGGGCAACCUACAGAGCGAGUCCAUGAAGCAGGCAGAAGUGGCUGCCUACUUUGGCAGGUUCGAAGAAGCUGAAAGGAUGUAUCUCAACAUGGACAGAAGAGAUCUUGCUAUUGGCCUCCGGCUAAAAUUGGGAGAUUGGUUUAGAGUACUCCAGCUCCUGAAAACUGGAUCCGGCGCUGCAGAUGACAGCCUCCUUGAACAAGCCCACAAUGCCAUUGGAGACUACUUUGCUGAUCGGCAGAAGUGGUUGAAUGCUGUACAAUAUUAUGUACAAGGCCGGAACCAGGAACGCCUAGCUGAGUGUUAUUAUAUGUUAGAAGAUUACGAGGGGUUGGAGAAUCUUGCCAAUUCACUUCCAGAAAACCACAAGUUGCUUCCAGAAAUAGCACAGAUGUUUGUGAGAGUUGGAAUGUGUGAACAAGCAGUGAUGGCAUUUUUGAAAUGUAAUCAGCCAAAGGCAGCAGUGGAUACCUGUGUACAUCUCAACCAAUGGAACAAAGCUGUUGAAUUGGCUAAAAAUCAUAGUAUGAAAGAAAUUGGUUCCCUGUUAGCAAGGUAUGCAUCUCAUUUAUUGGAAAAGAAUAAAACUCUCGAUGCCAUAGAACUCUAUCGGAAAGCCAAUUACUUUUAUGAUGCUGCUAAGCUGAUGUUUAAGAUUGCAGAUGAAGAGGCAAAGAAAAGAACUAAACCUUUACGUGUUAAGAAGCUCUAUGUCCUAUCAGCUUUACUUAUAGAGCAGUACCAUGAGCAAGUGAAAAAUGCCCAGCGAGGAAAAGUGACAGGAAAGAGCUCAGAGGCCACCUCUGCUUUGGCUGGUUUGCUGGAAGAAGACGUUCUGUCUACGACUAGUCGUUUCACAGAUAAUGCUUGGCGGGGGGCUGAGGCUUACCACUUCUUCAUACUGGCACAGAGGCAGCUCUACGAGGGCUAUGUCGACAUGGCAUUGAAGACAGCUCUUCACCUGAAGGACUAUGAAGACAUUAUCCCUGCCGUUGAGAUCUACUCUCUGUUAGCACUCUGUGCAUGUGCCAGUAGAGCCUUUGGCACUUGUUCAAAAGCUUUUGUCAAACUGGAAUCUUUAGAGACCCUCAGUUCGGACCAGAAACAGCAAUACGAAGAGCUUGCUCUAGAAAUCUUCACCAAAUAUACUCCAAAAGAUAACAGAAAAUCCGAAUUGGACAGCCUUCUUGAAGGAGGGGAAGGGAAACUGCCAACGUGUGUUGCCACAGGAAGCCCCAUCACUGAGUAUCAGUUCUGGAUGUGCAACGUGUGCAAGCACUGUGUCCUGGCCCAGGAGAUAAGUAACUACAACUUCUGUCCCUUGUGCCACAGUUCAGUGGGAUGAAGAAGUGACAAACCACAUAUAAUUGAAGUGUUUAUAUAGUAAGGUUGACUCCAUGUGUUUUAUAUGAAAAUCAGCAUCAUUAUUUCAGUUGUAUUUUCAUACAAAUUAUAUAUAUGUAAAAUACGUAAUGUAUACAUACAUGUGUAAAAAUGCAACUAUUAAAUAAUGAUGCUGGUUUUCAUAUAAAAUGUAUGGAAAUCAGCUGAAUUGUCCACCUGUUUUGUCUAUCAAUCUAUCUUGUGAUACUAUGGAAAUAUUCCAAAUAUGAAAUUUCUUCUCACAGUGUCAGGGUUAAUAAUUCAUUAAAAAUCUUGGCAGGGAGAGAUGGGGGAAGCAUAGGAAUGGGGCACAGUUGAAUUUAGGGAAUUGACAUAACCUGUAUUAGAAGUGGGUUAAACGAUUUAUAAUACUGCAGUGAGCACUGUGUGUAGCGUGUUUAACUAAAAAAGCAUUGAAAGGCUUCACUUCGUUUUCAAGUGAGAAGACAUUUUAAGACUUUUUUUUUUUUUUUUUUUUUACAAUUUGAAUUAUUACUGUAGCUUUUUAUAUAGCUUGUCCCUUUUAAUCUACCCUUUUAGUUUCAUUGAAGAAAUGGCAUUUGGCAUUUACUCUUCAUAUUUUUGUACAGAACACUUGGCUCUAUUUAUAAUGAUAUAAAUUUAUACAAAAACAUCCCGUUUGUAGUUAUGGUUUUAGUUGAAACAUUGUCACCAAGCUAGACCCUUUAUUUAAACAACUCUUGGGUUGUGGGGAGUGAUUCUCAAUAUGCAUCUGUUUUGACUUACUGUCAUUAAUUUGUAAUCAGUAAUGGGUAUUUUCUUACCUGUUUUAUGUAGCUAAUAAUGUUCUCCAUUUAUUUUUCAUGAACUUAAUGUCUCUCAUUCUGUGGCCACAGGCCAGACUUCAGCAAUAUUUCAUUAAAGGAUUUGUGGAGUUUGGCUGGUAUUUAGUAGAUGCAAUAAAGAGAAAUAUGCAGCAUUGUUACUGUAGCUUCAAUACUUAGGUUCCUUUUCAAUGUGAUAUGUUUUUGAUCCUUUAGAGAUGUGUUAAGCUUGUCACAGGUUGAGAAUCGGGAGCUGUGAGAAGAAAUUUAGAGCGUAAAUGAGUUCACAAUAGAUAGUGGGCUCCUGUGCCUGAAUAAAAGGAAAAGACCACAAGUCGUAGAAGUCUCUGGCUGUGUCCAUAGGCCUUGUGGGAAGUUACUUUGAUAUAAUGGUUGCCUCCAAAUACACUACCAAGCAGGCCAUUCCAGAGGUCGUGAACAGAAAAGGUCACAAACCAAAAAAGGAUGCUCGCGUCACAUGGCUUAUUGAGUCAGCUUGGAACACACCGUGAAGAACAAGGAGAAAGUGUUGACACAGAUGAACAGCAUUAGCGUAGGAUGCUAGUGGGUGGACAGAUUACAGUCCCUGAUUGCUGAGUUAUGUACUGUUCUUAUGUCCUACUCUUACUUUGCCUCAUCAGCAUCCCCCAGAUAGCGUGGCUAGAAAGAGGCCCAGAGUUGAGGUUUGAGCCAAGAGGCCCAAAUCAGAUGAAAUGUGCCCGAGGCCAGUGAGGCACACCUGUUCCGUAGCGGAGGCAGGGUCACCUGGUCACAGCUGCAGGUGCCAAAGAGCCUGUUGAGCAGUCCUGGAUUCUGUUGUAUUUCUUGGGCAGAGGAUGGAUCAGAGUAAGUAACCAGUGGGUAACUGAAUCAAGACAUCACAGGAAUUGGUACUUUACGUCUUAUGCACAUCUAGUGUGCUGGGAAUGUUUAGUGCCUUAUGGUUGCUUUCUGUAUUUUGAGUGCCUCGUCAAUAUUAGAUAGUCACACACAUAUGCUCUAUUGUCUAACAUGUCUCAUAAGUCACUGAUUUAUCUAAGUUUACCACAGUGAAUUUCAUCUAUCUCAACUGUUUUCUUCUGUGACAGAAUAGAAUAUUCCCCCAAAUCAGAAAAUAACAUCCUAACAAAAUAUCACAAGACUUUCUAUUUUCAGCUAUGAAACUAUUCUCUGCUUCAUCAGUGAGAGACGAAUAUUCAGGGAUGUAGGGUCAAGGAUUCCUGCAGGACUGCAUGUUCGGAAUUGUGGUUCUUGGUCCAUGGUCUAAUGCCCGAACAGCCCUUCUUUCCCUUUCCUUUCUCGUCCCAGGAUCAGCAGAGAACUCAAAGUUAGAUUGUCAUUCUCUAGCCCUACUGUGACUUGUCGAUUAAACUCCCAUGUGCUUCAGUUCCAAAAUCAGCUGUUGACUCCUCAAGCUUUUUCUAAGAUAUCUUUGGGAACUCUUUUGGAGCUUUCUCAUUUGCCUCUGAUCCUUGCCACCUGAGCCCUAGAAUUUUUCCUCCAACUAAUUAUAUCAGAUAGCUCCUGAAUGGUUAUCACUACUUUUUGUUCAGUUUAAUCCAGAAAUCAGAAUCUCCAAAAACAACCCCUCAUACCAUGUAUACCUAAUUAUCACAUAUGUACAUGUGCAUGUGUGCAUAUAUACUUACAUACAUACAUGUACCCCCACAUACAUAUUACACACACACACACAGACAUAUCUUUCCAACUAUUGUAAAAGUUUGACUGUUUGGGAUUUACAUUUGUGGAUGUUUUCGUGAUCUGCCAUAAUGUUUUGGGGAGAGACUUUUGUCCUCCUUAAAAUGUGCCAGAGAAAGACAGUAUGAAUUGACCCAAACGGUUUGAUUCAACAUGAAGAAAGUUUCAGGAUAACAACACCAACAAAUCCUCCCCUGAUGAAGGGGGCAAAGAGAAGCAAAACUGUCUAUAAUAAAAAAUACUUGGAGAGAAUUUGGAUAGACAGGAUGAGGCAGUUUAAGGAGGACACAAUGAGUGUUGUUCUCUUGUAAUAAACUGACCCCGUAAUACUCUUCUUUAUCACAAAAUUUGGCUUGAAUUAUGUUAAGUUUCAAAGUAGCAUGAUACAUACACAAUGGAAUAUUACUCAGCCAUAAAAAGAAUGAAACAGUGGCAUCUGUAGCAACAUGGAUGGACCUAGAAAUUAUCAUGUUAAGCCAAGUUAGUCAGACAGUGAGACACAGAUGUCAUAUGCUAUCACUUAUAUGUGGCAGGAUACCAUCAACUUCUUUGCCGAACAAAUACUGACUCAGACUUUGAAAAAGCUGUGGUUUCCAAAGAACACAGGUUGGGGAGGGUGAGGAAUGGAAAUGCUGUAAAACUGGAUUGUGAUGAUCAGUAUACAACUAUAAGUGUAAUAAAAUGCAUUGAGUUUAAAAAAAAGUAGCAUGGUAGGCCAAAGUAUGGAGAUGAUGGUACUGACUGAUAAACUACACAAAGUGUGCUAACAAGCAGUGUAGCAUUGUAACCUACUAUCAUACGCAAAUGCUAAUUUUAUUUUAUAUAUGUGUAGUAUAUAUAUAUAUGUUUUUGCUAACAUAUACUUUGAAAUUAUCUUUUUGUUUUCUAAGAGCUGAGAUUUUAGCUUUCGUGCGGCAUUUAUAGGGAAAAAUGUGAAAAUAAUAAAUGUUGAGGUAAAAAUUGUAUUUAUCUAUUUCCUUUAUAACUUACAAUUACAUGGUAUUUGUCUUAUUUUGAUUUAAAAGUUUUGGUGCAGGCUGGGCAGAAGGAUACUGGGUUCCAGAGUGGAUGAAAGGAGAAAGGGGCAGGGGAUCCAACAGUUGUACAAGAUCACUUUUGCUCUUGACAGGAAAACGACAAGUCAGUAACGUACACUAGGCAAAGGUCUGGAUGUUGCAGUGAAUUACCACUCCUUAGAGGUCAGUUAUACAGAGCUCACGUUUUGAAAUGGGGGGAAACUGUUGCCAGAGUCUUAAUGGAAAAAAUCGAGAGUCCAAACAUUAGUUUCUGAAAUGAAAAAAGCAAUAUUAUGUUGCCCCCUACUGUCUAUUCUUAUUUCUUCAGUUCAUUUUUUUAAAAGAAAUUAACACUUGUUUUUGCAUAUAAAACUAACCUAUGGUCAUGGUAGAAAAUUUCAAAAGUUUAUAAAGAUGAGAAAGUAAAGUAGUCUUUUUAACAAAUAAAAGGCAUUCAAUUGUAAAGCAGACAAAGAGCUUAGAGUUACUACUUAUGUAGUCAUUUCUUAUUUGGCAUAGUCUAAAUUUCUAGCUAGUAAAAAUUUAGAGAAAAAGGAGAUACGUCGACACACCCAUUAUAAUAGCUAGAGUGGGAACGGACACGUGUUGGUGGAGCUAUGGCGCAGCUGAAACCCUCACAUAGUGUUGGUGGAAAUGCAAAGUAGGACGCCCACUCUGGAAAAGGUGCGUUUUAAAGGUUCUCUAUAUAUUCUGGAAAUAUAUAUGUACAGUGUGUGUAGGCAAUUUAUAAAAUUAAAUUAAUAUUACUUGGGGGGAGUAUGCUAUUUUAUUAACAUUUAAAUUUAACCAUCAAUGAGCUCAAAUAUAUGCUGGCCAUAUGUUCAGGUUUUUGAAAUAGCAGCUGUAAGGGUGCAGUGUGUUAACACUGCAUAAUAUAUUAACAGUCAGAGAAAAUCUGGGGGGUGUUGCGACUGUCUACCUUAUACACUUAGUAGCACAAGGGUAUGACAAGCCCUGCAAGUGGAGGAAAACCUCAGGGGUUCUCGGCUGCUGACAGAAUCUCCCCUUGACUUCAGACUUAGGACAAACUGGGGAGUCUGUCAGUAUACAAAACCACUGACUUUAAGACAGACUAGGAGUUCCCAUCUUGGCGCAGUGGAAAUAAAUCCGACUGGGAACCAUAAGGUUGCAGGUUCAAUCCCUGGGUCUCGCUCAGUGGGGCUAAGGAUCCAGCAUUGCUGUGAACUAUGGUGUAGGUCAGCAGCUGUAGCUCCAAUUCAACCCCUAGCAAGAGCCAAUUCAGAUUGUGGGGGCCAGUCUGAAGUGAGCAUGGUCGGCUGGAGGCUGGAAGUGUUGCAGCUCAAGUCCAGGAUCUGCAGAUUAGAGCAGCAGGCUAGAGACAGAAUGGUUAGUGCAUUCUUCUCAAAUUGCUUGUUCCGAAACAAGUUCCCAAGACACUUUUCCCAAACAGAGUAUUAAUUGUUAUUUAUUUUUACUGCCCCAGUCAGUGACAGGGAGUCUUUACUGAGGCUCCACAGCCAUGGGGCUCAGGCAGGAGGCUGCCCUGUGGGGGAAGGAAGAGCCCAUGGAGAAGGCUUAUUCAACUACUUGGGGUACAGGUUGUGGUGGUGGUUACAUUUCUUGAGGCAGAUGGGGUUGCAGGUGAACACGACACUCUCAGCAGGUCAUCUUGUAGCUGUAUUUUGGGGUGAGCUGGCUGAGGGAAGUCUUGAUGCUGCCACCCUGCAGGCAAAGCCCCAAGUGCAGGUGGACUGUGUGGAAGACAGGCGAGAGUCAGAGAGGGACAGCAGCUGAGCCGGGUUCCAGCACCUCAGUCGCUGGGCAGGGCCCUCUAGUGUCCUGUAGAUCAGAGCUUCUCAGGUGUGAUGGAGACACCACGUCAGAAUCCCUUGGAUGGACACACCAGACCAAACCUGCUCCACAGAACCUCCAUGUUUACAUUCCUCAUCCUUAUCAGAUAUGUGAUUUGCAAAUAUUUUCUCUCAUUCUCUGGGUUAUUUGUUGAUAGUCUUUUGCUGCACAAAAGGUUUUAAUUUUCAUAAAGUCCAGUUUGUCUAUUUUUCCUUUCACUGCCUGUCCUUUGGUGUCAUACCCAAGAAAACAUUGCCAAAUUCAGUGUCAUGAAGACUUUGCUUUAUGUUUUCUUCUGAGAACUUAAAAUUUUUAGCUCUUACAUUUAGGUCUUUAAUCCACCUUGGUUAAUUUUUUAAUGUGGCAUUUAGGUCCAUCUUCACUCUUUCCAAUAAAUGGUUUUUUCAGCACCAUUUACUGAAAAGACUGUCUUUAUGCAAAUCCACACUGUUUUGAUUACUGUUGCUUUGAUAAGUUUUUAAUUCAGUGUGAGUCCCAAACUUUAUUCUUUUUCAAGAUAGUGACACCAUGGGAUCCUUAACCCCCUAGGUCACCAGGGAAUUCCUCAAGACUGUUUUGGCUAUUUGGAAUCCAUCCCUUGGAAUUUCUUAUGAAUUUUAGGAUAGAUUUUUAUAUUUCUGUAAAAAUACCAUUGGGAUUUUGAUAGGCAUUCCAUUGAAUCUGUAAAUUGCUUUAGUAUGAACAAGGGAUGUCUAUUUAUGGCUUUAAUUUCCUUCAUCAACAAUUUGCAGUUUCAUUAUACAAGUCCUUCUCUCCUUGGUUAAUUCCUAUGUAUUUUAUUUUUUAAGGUAAUUUUAUUUUAUUUAUUAUUAAUAUUAUUUUUGCCUUUUAGGGCUGCAUCCAUGGCAUAUGGAGGGUCCCAGGCUAGGAACUAAUCAGAGCUACAGCUGCCAGCCUACACCACAGCCACAGCAACGCAGUAUCCGAGCUGCAUCUGCGACUGCAUCUGCGACCUACACCACAGCUCAAACCAACGCUGGAUCCUUAACCCACUGAGCGAGGCCAGGGAUCGAACCCACAACCUCAUGGUUCCUAGUCGGAUUCGUUCUGCUGAGCCACUACGGGAACUCCUAAACAGUUCAGUCAAUUCCUAUACUAUUCUGGAGGUUUUAAAAGGUUGAGAAAUUUGCAGUCUACGGCCUUGGAGUUAAUAAAAGGUUGAGUCUGAAAUAAGACUCACGACUAUGGGACACUAAGCUCCUGGAAUUUCAACACAAAAUGUCUCAAUGUAAUCCAGCCGACUGAAAAUACCGUCUAGAGGGCGGACGCAGAACCAGAAAAGUGCUGCGAUAACAGUAACUCCACGGGCCGUUUAGCCAUUCGUAAAACAAACCAAGGUCUUUUACGCUCCCAGCACGAUCAGCCACUGCACCCCGCAUCCUCCACCAUUCGCUGUAACAACGGGCAAAGCUUCUUGCAACUUCUGACCACGGUCUUAGAAACCAGUCUGGAGCUGCCGAUCUACUGCUUCUCUGGAAACGAGGCCAGCGGAAGCACCACUCAUCAACAAAACCGCACUUUACAGAAGUGUCUCUGUCCGCACAAGUUUUAAAGUUUCUGAGCCCUCCGGGGGCGGUGUCACUGAUCUCGCGAGAAGACGGGUCCGCGGAAGGUACAAACUUCCCCCCUGCUUGCUCCGAGGUUUUGCCUACGCGAUAAAUUCCGGGGUGGGGGAGUGGCCUUGUGGUGCUGCCUCUAGUCGCUCAGAAAUCACCCUCAGUUCUACAAGGAAAGCUAGGUCUCCGACUACUAUGGAAGGGCAGCAAGGGCAAGAAAGCCCCGUAACCCUCGCACGUGCCCAGGUCAUUUCAAGAAAGGCGAAUAUGCGGAGGCCGAAGCACUGUACUCCGCUUACAUUCGCCAGUGCGCCUGUGCGGGCUCCGAGGGAGCGGCGCCCUGGAGCAAAUGCAGCCCUGAGGAUUUGGCUACUGCAUAUAACAACAGGGGGCAAAUCAAGUACUUCAGGGUUGAUUUUUAUGACGCCAUGGACGACUACACCUCUGCCAUAGAAGCCCAACCCGAUUUUGAAGUUCCGUAUUACAACAGAGGGUUGAUACUGUAUAGGCUGGGAUGCUUUGAUGAUGCUUUGGAAGAUUUCAAGAAAGUAUUAGACUUAAAUCCUGGAUUUCAAGAUGCUAUCUUGAGCUUAAAACAGACUAUUCUAGACAAAGAAGAAAAGCAAAGAAGAAAUUACUGAAAAUUUUAACAUAAUUGUAAUAGUCACUCAUGGUUCUUGUGUGGCAUCUCAUUGCGUCUGAUUGAAAGUGGGUGCUAAGCUCUUUUGAUGUAUAUUUAAUGUAAAGAGGUUCAUGGCUUAGCACUGAAAGUGAAAUGAUGUAUGUAAGGUAGUUAAUUUUGGCUUGGGUAACUGUUGAAUAGGCAUGCUUUUAUAAAGUGUAAAUAAGUAAUAACAAUGUAUAAUUGUAUAUUAUUCUUACAGUAAAAUAUUUAAAGAAA